UCCCUGUCUUUUCUACUUUCCUGUUGCAAAAUACCUACGUCAGUACUUACUGAGUACUACUGCCCAAGAAACAGAAGUGAGAAAGUCCACCCAACGGCACAAGCAACUUUGAAACUCUCCAUUUUCACACGAGACAUAAAAUCCCUAUGUAUGGUUCCAUAUAUUUCAGGAACAAUCAUGGAGGAGGAGUAUUUUGAUUAUGAUAACUACACCGCAGACAUCGAUAACAACUCCACCACUGAAGGAACCCUAAAUUUAUAUAGUGCCUCGUCUUCUUCAACUUAUGCUCUGGUGGCAGUCAACAUCAUCAUAUGUGUUUUGGGACUUGCAGGAAAUUCCCUGGUGAUUUGGAUUUGUGGAUGGAAAAUGAAAACCUCAGUCAUCACCAUCUGGUACAUCAGCCUGGCCAUUUCAAACUUUUUGUUCUGUGCCUUGUUGCCUUUCGAAGUUGUGUACAUGAUAACUUCACACUGGCCCUUUGGAGAAGGCUUGUGCAAGCUCGCCUCAUCCGCCUUGUUUCUCAACAUGCACAGCAGUGUGUUCCUGUUGGUUCUCAUCAGCACUGACCGCUGUAUCAUGGUCUUAUUUCCUGUGUGGUCGCACAACCACCGCAAAGCAGGAAAAGCCCUUGGAGCCGUCAUCCUCAUGUGGGUUCUUUCUGCAUUCUUAACAGUGCCCUCACUUAUGUACAGGAAAACCACGGUCCACGGCUCGGUCAUUCAGUGCCACACGGAUUAUGGGGUCAGACAUAAAGCGGUGGUACUGACCCGUUUCAUUUGUGGGUUCCUGAUUCCUAUCCUAAUGAUUGUCUUCUGUUGCUCUGUGCUUGCCGUAAAGCUCAGAAGUCUGACCCACAAGUCAACAAAGCCAUAUAAAAUCAUGGCUGCGCUCAUUUUGUCUUUCUUCGCCUGCUGGGUCCCCUACCACACCUUUGUCCUGCUGGAGAUAGACUUUAAGAACUACAACCUGGAGGUCAUUAAAACUGGACUAAAAGUUGGGGCCACCUUGGCUGCAGCAAACAGCUUCCUAUCUCCAGUUCUCUAUGUGUUCAUCGGCAAUGACUUUAAGAAAACCCUAAGGCAGUCAUUAUCAUCAAGGAUUGAGGAUGCUCUGGCAGAGGAUAUUCGUACAGUUGGUCUCAGUCACUCAAGCUCUGCGAUAGAUGGGCGACCUGGCCUGGGUGUACCUGCAUCUCUCGCUCUCUGGAGGCUUGGAAAGGCUUCAGGCCCAUCAUGACCCUGAAAUGGAUAAGGAGGAGAAAAUGGAAGGAUGGAUGAACUGUGAGGAACAAAGUGAUGCAUGUAAAUGCGUGCCAAAAACUGUGGACUCACUAAUGAAUGUAAAAAAAUACUAAAAAAAAAAGAUACACACUCAGUCUCCCUUAAAGGGAACCUGACAAAUAGUAGUAUUUUCUUGUCACUUUCUUCUGUUAAAGUUCUUACAUUUCAAACCUACACCCGACCUACACCCGUUUUCACACCUUGGCUUGUGUGAUUAGGUGGAGGAUCAUUAGGGGGUCCACUGUCCCUCUUGGGGGGGACACUCCCAUAGGGCUUAAAUCUGGGACUCUCCACUAUUGGACCUUAGAACUGAAGAAGCUUCUCGGAUGAGAGGGGAAACAUCUUCAAGCAACUUAAAGAAGUCCAGACGCUUUUCUUUCCAACCUCCUUCGACUUACAUUUCAAAGUGCAGUCAAGGAAGUCUGCUCUAAAUUACUGUAUUACUUCUAUUUGUAAUUUUAAUUAAUAAAUAUUAAGUUCACCUGUAUUCUUUUUUCCAGUAAAAAUCAAACUAUCACCUGA